AAAAAAUUCUAAGUUUCAAGAUUUUCAACCAUGCAAAGGUCAAAUAAGAGAUUUAGAGAAGACGGAACGUCGAAUACAGACCAAAAUAACCAACAGUUUCCGCACUUUCCUCGGCUUACUGGAGAAGAAGAGUAUUCUGUUAUGGUUUCAGCUUUGAAAAAUGUCAUCAAUGGUAGUAUUCCCAUGGAAAAUACUCAACAAUUUUAUUCAUUUUCACCUUUUCAAUAUUGUACUGCCACUUCUACUGCCACGACUGUUACUGCGUAUUCUUCGCCUUCGAACAGCAUGUCUACAAUUGAACAAGGAAAUGUGGUGUCACCUAUUUUA